UUAUAGAAUCGAGUUCGCAAUGAGAAGAUCCACCAGAAGAUCCCUCAUUACUUCAGUUGAAGUCGAAGAACCGGUGAGGAAUGUCAGUACUAGAUUCUCCUUGAAAUCGUACGUGAAGAGAGUUCAGCUGCUCACUGAUGAGCAAAGAUCAGCAAUUACAAAAAUGGGGUUUGGCAGUGUGUUAUCAUUUCCCAAUCAUUCGCUCAGCAAAAAUCUAUUAGCUGAGCUCAUGGAAAGAUGGGAUUGUGAAAAGCAAGCGUUUAUUUUUCAUCUGGGUGAAAUUUCGAUGACUCUGUUGGAUGUGGCCCUGAUUUUGGGGUUAAGGGUAGUGGGCCAUCCUGUGCACUUAAAAGACGACGAGCCUUUCUCUGAUUUGGAAGAGGAAUACGGUGCAACCAUGUCAAACAGAAAGGUUGCAGUGGCUUCACUUGAAAGUAGACUUGAUUCUCUGGGAGACUCUGCUGGUGAUGAUUUCAUCAGGGCAUUUCUACUGUAUACAUUUGGCACUUUGCUUUUUCAGAGUUCAAAUGGAAAAGUAGAUUCUCGCUAUUUAUCCCUUCUUCGAAAUUUGGACGAGGUUGAUCAAUUUGCCUGGGGUGCUGCUGUCAUCGAAGAUUUAUCUAAGUGGUUGGACAAGAGGAAAGAAAAUAAUGUGCAAUAUGUGGGUGGUUGUCUCGUGUUUCUUCAAACAUGGUCUUAUGAACAUUUUAACAUAGGCCGGCCUGGUAUACAAGAACACGAUUUGGCCUUUCCUCGUUUGUGUCGAUGGCAUAAUAGUAAAUCCAAUCAAAGACCUUGGUUUGCUUCAAGGUUUAAGGGUUUGCAGGAUGACCAGGUAAUUUGGACGCUCCAACCAACUCCUCAAGAGUUGGAAGUAGACAUAAUCAAAGAGGCGUUAGAGUUACAAGAUGACUCUAAGGAGCUUCAAAGCGGGCCAAACUGUUCAACAAACAGUACUUCUAAAUCUCAUGAAUUGCAAAAAGAGCCGGAGGUCAAUUUUGAUAACGAAAUAGUGGAAGACAGUCCCACAGAGUUGGGCACAUGUGGUAGAGUUCAUAGAGAGGAGGAGUAUUUUGAAAACCAAAUAGUGGAGGACACUCCCACGGAGUUGAACGCAUUUGAUAAAAUUCAUAGAGAGGAGUCGAAUUUUGAAAACCAAAUAGUGGAGGACACUCCCACAAAGUUGAAUACAUGUGAUAGAGUUCAUGGAGAGGUCAAUUUUGAAAACUUGAUAGUGGAGGAUACCCCCACAGAGAGCAGCACAUGUGAUGAAGCUCACAGAGAGGUUAAAAACCUAACAGAAGAGGUUAGCCCCACAAAAAGCAUUUGUGAUCAAGUAUGCAGUGAGCAAGAGGUCAACCUUGAAAAACUCAUUGUGGAGGACACUCCGACAAAGUUGCGCAUUUGUGAUGAUGAUUUGAGGGAGAGGGCUGUCAUGUCGGAAGCCAAAUAUGCUGGAUUGAAGGAGGAAAUGAGCCGAUUAAGGGAGGAAAAUAGACUUCUUCAGAGGCAGGUUUCUCUAAAUUCACAAUUUGAAGCACAGAACGCUGAUUUGAAGAAAGAGCUGGACAUCUUAAGGGAAGAAAACCUACGUUUAAGACUCUUGAUAAAUAAUUACGUGAUCCGAAUGGACAGACACAUUCUGUCUGCAGAAACAAGGGACACUGAAUAAACGUCACCCCGUUCUAUUCAUGACUUCAACCUUUGGCACUUACCUUGAGGGUCAUGGUAAUGGCUGUCAGACCACCUCUCUCAUGCUAUCCUCAAAGGGGUAGAUGUUGCCACGUGUCGAACAAUCUCAGUUCUUGGCCAAGGCAUAAACUUUGCAUUGCCAAGUGUAUAUAUAUUUGUUGCUAAAAAAUGAAGAACGUAACAUAAGUGCAGCUGCGUAGACUGUAGACUUGAGGAUGAAGUUGCAAAAGAGGUUGCUCUUAAAUGAAGCCCUGAAUUCUUUGCAGGUAAAUCCAUAGAUGGCGUUAUUUAUUUUAACCCUUGCUGUAUAUUUUUGGGCAGAUUUUUAGUUAUACUAGCACUGGAUGAUGUUGGGAGUCAAAAUAAUAAUUUGUAGUUGGUAUCAGUUUUCAUUACUUUAAGGCAUAAAAGUUUGCUGUUUUGUGACGUUGCGUGGAGAUUUCUUUCAUACCAGCCUACAUAGUCAUUGUAUCUCUCCAUUUGCGUUGA